UAGAAUGCCAAAAUAUUUUAAAUUUGCAGGCACAAAUAUUUGCAUUACAAAACAAUUUUCCGCAUAUAGGAAUGGCAGGGUAUGCAUCCAAAAAAUUCUCAGGUAGGGCAGAUGAAGAUAUAGAUGAAUUCAUAAAAGAUUAUAGACUCUAUCUUAUGACGUCUAAUAUUACUACUGCUAAUGCAGGUAGUAAACAAAAAGCUUUAGAACUAUUUUGGUCAUGCAUGACGGGUGAGACAUCACAUUGGGUUGAAGACAAACUCAUAGGCACCAUAUUGGCCUUGAAUAAUGCUAAAAUAAUGGCCACCAUGAUCAAUGCAUCAGAUGGUACUCCAUCACCAGCAUUACUGGUUGGAGCUACUGGUGUUACAGUUAUUCUAGCACAUAAUGUUCAUGCAAAUGAGGACUGGUCUAUCGCUAGAGGAUGUCUUGUAGAUCUAGCUACAGCAAAUAAUGUACCAAAUGGUGUUUUAAAUAACAAUAAUCCUAUAGUUUUUCCUGAUAUCAAUAUUAGUCAGGUCAUCUAUUGGUUUAAAAGGAAUUAUCCUACAGUUGCUCGAAUAUCUGAUCGUGAAAAGAGAAUACAAUUUAUACGAGGUUUUUCUCCUGAAAACAAGUUGGAAAUGAAGCGACUGGGUUUAAACAGACCUUUAAAUAAUAAAUUAAUUGAAAUAUUGGAAAAGAUUGAAAUGGAAAGGAAUAAUUUACUUCUGGAAGAUGUUGAUAGAAUUGUAAAUAGUAGGAUUCAGGCGUUACAACAUUUGGCAUCAAAUCAAUCACCAGCGCCUUCUUCUGGUCAAGAAAAUAUUACUAAGGCUGAUUUACAAGCUAUAGCUAAAUCCUUUCAAGAAACUAUGUCUUGA